AUGUCGGCAGGGCUGACGGUGAGGAGGUACUGGCACAGCAUGCUGCGACUGGGAGCCUGCUACCAGCAGCUUCAGACUGAGAAGAAGACUUGCAGGAAGGAUAUCGCUGCACUCCAAUCCACCUCUGAGGCUGAGAGAACUGCAAAGGAAUGCUUGAAGGACUGCUUGCCAUCUACUUCAGAGUCAAGCACACCCCCAGGUGCUGCCCAACCCAGCUCCCCAUGGCAGGCUGUCAGCAAUACCUCAGGCAGCUCCCAGCCCAGAUCUGCCUGGAGCACUGAGGGCAGCUGCAGCAUCCACACACAGGCAGCAGAGCCUCCAGCACCCUGUGACACCUGUGACAGCUUCCAGGCUGGCUUUCAAGAGGUCAGGAAAGCCAUCAUCAGCAUCUGCCAGAGCCAGAACAUCCCCUCAGCUCUAAGCAGGUUCCAGGAGGUGGUGGAGGGCACUGAGGGGAGAAGGAUCCUCUCUGCAAGUGAUGUGAGCUACUGGGUCUCGGAGCAAAGCAAAGACCUCUCAUGCAUCAACAAACACCUCCACACACUGCUGGAGCAGCUCAGCCCUCUGAAGUCUGAGCUGUCAGAGUCAAAGAAGGAGAAGGAUGAGCUGCAGAAGCAGGUGGAGGACUUUGCUCGGCUGCUUCAGGUGGAGAAGGAGACCCAAGCACGGCAGAGGAAGGAGGCUGAACAGAGCCUAGAAGUAAAGAACAAAGAGCGUUUGGAGGCUGUAGCCAGGCUGGAGCAGGACAAGGAUGAUCUACGGAGAGGAGCUGCUCUGCUGGAAGAGCGAAUCUCUGCCCUAAAGGAAGCACUGGCCAUGAAGCAGGCUGCUGUGCAGGAGCUGGAGGCAACCAAGCAAACUUUGCUGGAGGACUUGAAGACUGCGAUGGUGGCCAGGAGCCGGAUGCUGGAGCUGGAGGAGGAGGUGCAGCUGCUCACCAGACAGCGGGACAGCCUGGGCCAGGAGCUGAGUGCAGUCACUACCCAGCUGGAGAAGGAGAAGGCCAAAGUGGAGAGCACACUGAGGCACGAGAAGUCCCUGCAGGCCAAGCAGAGCACCCUGCUGCAGCAGCUGGACAGCCUGGACCAGGAGCGUGAGGAGCUGCAAGCUAGCCUGGGGGAGGCUGAGGAGAACAGAGCCCGGAUGGCAGAGCAGCUGCAGGAGAGCCAGAAGCAGAAGGAACAGAGCAUGCACCAGCUACGAGUGCAGCAGGAGUUGCUGGACACGUUGCAGCAGGAGAAGCUGAGCCUGGAGCAGUGCAUCUCCAAGCUACGGGAGAAUGUCUCUGGGCUGGAGGAGCAGACAAAGGAGCUGAAGGAGCGGGAGAAACUCCUGGUGUUCUUCCCUGAGCUCCACAUCCCCGUUGAGACACAGUUUGAGAGUAAGGCACAGGGCAGCGGGCAGCAGUGCCUGCUUUUGCAGCAGCGGGCUUGUACCUCUGGGGUCUCCUGGAGCUCAGGCGGAAUCCUGUCAGCCCUGGGCACAUUGGUGUCACUUGUGUAA